AUGACUACCAGGUCAGCAAAUUUGAAUCCUAAACCUUCUAUGCAAUCAUUAGCAGUGGGGACAAGUCGAGGGACCCCGGGUUUAACGACGCAGACAGUACAGGGAAGGCAGUUUAGACCUUGUGCCGAUUGUACCUGUUCACCAGGACUUUUAUCACGUCAGGGAAGAAGGUCUUCACUAUUUUUAAGAAGACUAGAAAAUACUAGAAGGAGAUCUUCUAGAGAUUGUUCUACAGCUAUCGGUGGCGGCUCAGGCCAAGAAUCCGUGUAUUCCAGUGAUUCACUGUGUCAGUCUACCAGGGAAGUGAAUACCACUGAGCGUCUGUUGGCAUUGCGUCGUGAGAUGGUCAAACAUGAAUUAUGUUGUUAUAUUGUUCCCAGUGAAGAUGAGCACCAAAGUGAAUAUGUUUCUUCGGCAGACCAAAGAAGAGCAUUUAUCUCUGGUUUCAAUGGAUCUGCAGGCAUUGCAUGUAUUACUAGAGAUCUUUUGAAUUUUAACACUGAACAACCAGAAGGUAGAUCUAUUCUCAGUACGGAUGGUAGGUACUUCAAUCAAGCAUCUCAAGAACUAGAUUACAAUUGGACGCUUUUGAGACAAGGUGAAGAUACCUUCACUUGGCAGGAUUGGUGUGUUAAGGAAGCUGCAGAAAUGUCACGCGGUCUUGGUGGUAAGACUGCUAAAAUUGGUGUGGAUCCACGUCUCGUUAGUCAUGAAUUAGUGGUCGCCUUCAAUAGAUUAAUUACUCAAAAAGCUGGAGAAGGAGCUGAUGUCCAGCUGGUACCCGUAGAAGAAAAUCUGAUCGAUGCCAUUUGGCCAAAGUUUGAAAGACCUCCAAAGAAACAAUUACAAAGCGUAAUUGCCUUGUCAGAAGAUUAUUCAGGUGAAAAUUUUAAGUCUAAGAGGUCUAGAUUGCAGAAACAUUUGACCAAAAAUUAUCGUAAUAGUGGUCCAUUGGCAAUUGUGGCACUAGAUGAGAUAUGUUGGUUAUUGAAUCUACGUGGGUCAGACAUUGCUUAUAAUCCUGUUUUCUUUGCCUAUGCCAUUGCCGAUAGUGAUUCUGUUACGCUUUUCACGGAUAAUGCUUUACAUGCUGAAGUUCAACGUUACUGCGCGGAUAACGAAAUACAAUUAGAACCCUAUGACCAAUUCUGGAAUCGUUUAAGUGAAAAAUCUCAGAAAUUAGAUCAACAGCAGAAAUUUCUGAUUCCUGAUAAUUCUUCGUGGCAAUUGGUGCGUCAUGUGCAUUGUAAUUACAAAAGUGUACAUUCGCCCAUUGAUAUUUUCAAAUCUAUAAAGAAUGAAACAGAAAUUAGGAAUGCAAGACGUGCACAAGUCAAAGAUGCUGUCUGUCUUACGCAGUAUUUUGCAUGGUUGGAAGAUCAGUUGAUUAACAAAGGUGCUCUGAUAGAUGAAUAUAGGGCAGCACAAAAAUUGACAGAAAUUAGACGUACGCAAAAGAAUUAUAAGGGAGACUCUUUUGAAACUAUAUCAUCGACAGGUGCAAAUGCAGCUGUCAUUCAUUACGCACCACCUAAGGACGGCUCAUCUAUGAUUAAUCCUGAUAAAGUUUAUCUCUGUGAUUCGGGUUCUCAAUAUUUAGAAGGUACAACAGAUAUUACAAGGACAGUUCAUUACGGUAAUCCAUCACAAGAGGAAAAGGAUCGUUAUACGCUAGUUUUAAAGGGACAUUUAGCACUAGAGCGACUGGUCUUCCCUGAAGGUACUACAGGUUUCCAAAUUGAUUCAAUUGCUAGACAACCGUUGUGGUCUCAAGGUCUUGAUUAUCGCCAUGGUACCGGUCAUGGUAUUGGAUCAUUUUUGAACGUACAUGAAGGUCCAAUAGGUAUCGGUGCAAGACCAUCUCUCUUACAAUACCCGUUACAAUCUGGUAACAUUAUCAGUAAUGAGCCAGGCUAUUACAAGGAUGGUGAAUAUGGUUUGAGAAUUGAAAGUGAUAUGCUUGUGACACAUUCAGGUUUGAAGUUUGGUGAAAAAAGAUUUUUACAAUUUGAAAAUUUGACACUAGUACCUUACUGCCGCAAGUUGAUUAACGUCAAACUGUUGACAAAGGAAGAACGUCAACAGGUCAAUGACUACCAUGCACGCAUAUGGAGUAGUAUUGUCCAGUUCACGCAACCUCAAAGUAUCACAUUCAAGUGGUUGAAGAGGGAAACAUCGGAGUUAUGA